UAGCAACCAAACAUGAAUAAAGGCAUUCGUCACUCCCUCUGGUGACAGACAAAUUCCAGUGGGCGUGUCCAACAAAGCCGGAAGGGGCAAGACAUUCGAAUUACUUUCUUCUAUGGCACGGUUGGGGAACUAUGGCCCUUUUAUGAUUUGUGGACUUCAAUUCCCAGAAUUCCUGAGCCAGUUUCUCACCCCUAUUCUAUGGCAUCGGACACCUUAGCAACCGACCCGGCAGUAGAUCUGUGGCUACGUUCUAAUUUUAGUCUCUAUGUCACCUUGGUGACAGCUACGCCCGGCCAAUGAUGCUUCGUGCUCUUGGCUUUCCGCGUUCUCCUUUUCGCUGGGCGCGGGCCCAGACACUCCGAUGCCGCCUCGCUAUCACAGCCCGGGAAAAAAAGGGUCUCGCCAGCCGCGCCAUAGUGCCAGUGCCUCUAUCCUAUGCCAUUUUUGAUGGACCAUCAUCAGAUCCUCCACUUGUUUUCUUGCAUGGGCUGUUUGGAAGCAAAUCCAAUUUUUCAUCCCUCGUAAAAAAGUUAGUGCUCCAAACUGGUCGCAAGGUGCUAACAAUAGAUGCCCGCAACCAUGGGGAUAGUUCCCAUAGCCCCAUCAUGACCUAUGAAGCAAUGAGUGCUGACGUCCAUCUCAUUCUGAACCAGCUACAUCUCAGUAGGUGUGUCUUAAUUGGCCACAGCAUGGGUGGCAAGACAGCUAUGGUAUUCGCACUACAAUGGCCAGAACUGGUGGAGCGCUUAGUGUGUGUUGACAUCAGUCCUAGCCCAACAAAAGAUGUCAGUGGCUUUCAGGAUUUCAUUGCUGCCAUGAAAGCAGUGGAUAUCCCUAGAGGUAUUCCUCGUUCCACUGCACGUCGUAUGGCCGAAGAACAACUGCGCCCAACUAUCCAGGAGCCAACUAUCCUCUACUUUCUACUUACCAACCUAGUGAAUGCUGAGGACCAAUUUGUAUGGCGCGUGAAUCUAGAGGCCAUUUCACAACAUCUGAAAGACCUCAUGAGUUUUCCUGACUUCCAGACAUCUUAUUUAGGGCCUACUCUCUUUCUUGGGGGUUCCAAAUCUGGCUAUAUUAGUUCCAAUAACUACUCUGAGAUCAAGCGGCUCUUUCCUGAUGCUGAAAUCCAGCAUAUUCCCAAUGCAGGGCACUGGGUUCAUGCGGAUCAACCCCAAGAAUUCAUCACUGCCAUUUGCAACUUUCUUGCACUCCAUCCACUAUAAGAUUUCUGAACAGAUCUAUGCAAACUAUCCUCUCAAGAUUGGAAGUUUUUGUCAUUGGACUUAGUGUUGUAUGUGGCUCAUGGUCUGAUUUCAAAAGCUCCAUGCGAGUGAUCCAUUCAGCGUUUGAUCAAAUUGUCAGUUCCUUCCCUGAUGAUCUGCUUCUUGGAAGACUUAGAAGUGGGCGUCAGUCAGAGAAUGAGAGACAAGAAAGAUGUUAGAAAACAGAAGUGUCAUAAAGCAAAACUGAGAAGUCUUAUCCACUUUCGGCUCUGGCUCAACCAACCAUUUGCUCCAGUUAUUAUUAUAUUAUUAUUAUUAUUAUUUUGGAAGGGACCUUGGAGGUCAUCAAGUCCAACCCCCUGCUCUAUAAUCAAGUUCUGCCUAUCAUUCAAUGCAGACUCCACUUAAUGGAACAUGCCCUCAUAGCAUAUUAUAAAUGUGAUAAUCCACUUGUGGUUAACAGGGAACUCUGGUCUAUGUAUGUAUAUUUAUUUAUUUAUUUAAUAACCCUACCAAAAAACCCAAAUAUUGGCAAACACCACACUGACAAUUCAUUGCUCCAGAUGAGAUAUAAAUUUCACCCUCCAGUGUUUCUUAAUUGUUCAGAUAGCCCCAGUCCAUAAUUCUUGAUAACACUAGAUCUAUAAUCAAGAAGGAUACAUGCUGUUUUAGACAACCUGUAUAAUAAUAAAACUUUUGUUCCUGUAACGUUUAA